AUGCUACAUAAACACUCGGACAGACAAAAGAGACCAAGAACUUUGGUGCAACAUCACCAUAUGGACUCAUAUAAGGGUCUUGAAGAGGCCAAUUUGCUACCCCAGCAAGUGCAAGGCUUGCACUUGGGAACAGCAACCAAGGCUGAAGAGCACGAGGGCAACCAUAUUUUGUCGAAUAGGUAUAAGAUUCCCCAGAGAGGCAUUGGGGAGCAAACGGCUUAUGAUCUAAUUCAUAAUGAACUGACUUUAGAUGGGAAUCCUCACUUAAAUCUAGCCAGUUUUGUCAACACGGAUGCCAGUGAUAUUGCCAGGAGAUUGAUCAGCGAGAAUAUGUUGAAGAAUUUGGCUGAUAACGACGAGUAUCCUCAAUUGAUUGAGAUAACUCAGAGAUGUAUCUCUAUGCUUGCUCAAUUGUGGAAAUGCGACAACGAGAAGGACGAUCCUAUUGGAUGUGCCACUACGGGUUCUAGUGAGGCCAUCAUGCUUGGUGGGUUAGCAAUGAAGAAAAGAUGGGAGCACAGGAUGCAAGAUGCUGGCAAAUCCAUCGCCAAACCCAAUAUCGUGAUGUCUUCUGCUUGCCAGGUCGCCCUGGAGAAGUUUGCAAGGUACUUUGAAGUCGAAUGCAGGUUAAUUCCAGUAUCCACUAAGAGUCAUAGUUGCCUGGACCCCAAGAUGUUGUGGGACUACGUAGACGAGAAUACGAUUGGUGCGUUUGUUAUUCUUGGGACUACGUAUACAGGAACGUUGGAAAACGUUGAGCAAGUUUCAGAAGUGUUGACCGAGAUAGAAAACGCGAACCCUAAGUGGUCGAACAAGGAUAUUCCAAUUCAUGUUGAUGGUGCUUCAGGUGGGUUCGUCGUACCCUUUGCGUUUGAAGAAGCGCAAUUGGCAGAGUACAAGAUGAGCAGAUGGGGGUUUAACCACCCCAGAGUAAUGAGUAUUAACACCAGUGGUCACAAAUUUGGUCUGACAACCCCUGGGCUUGGUUGGGUACUGUGGAAGGACGAAUCACUACUAGCAAGCGAGUUAAAAUUCAAACUAAAGUAUUUGGGUGGUGUGGAAGAGACUUUCGGAUUAAACUUCUCGAGACCAGGCUUCCAAGUGAUUCAUCAGUACUACAACCUAGUGACAUUGGGCCACCAGGGGUUCCACAGCCAUUUCAAUAAGUCACUGUUUGUAGCACGGGCUUUCUGUCACGAGCUAUUAGCUUCGCCACGGAUGCCCAACAUGUUUGAAGUCGUCAGCUGUAUCCACGAGAGGAUAGCCGAUGACAAGUUACCAGAGUCGGUCAACGAUUACUGGGAGAACCCAGCACACUUCAAGCCAGGUGUACCACUGGCUGCAUUCAAGUUAUCGCGCGAGUUCCACGAAAAGUAUCCUGAGAUCCCACAAUCGAUGCUAUCAUCUAUGCUACGUAACCGUGGGUGGAUCAUUCCAAACUAUCCUCUACCAAAGUCUACAGACGACUCAGACCAGCACGAAGUGCUGCGCGUAGUGUUCCGGACGGAGAUGAAAUUAGAUUUGGCACAGCUAUUGCUACUGGAUAUCGAGCGCGCUGUGACGAAGCUAUUGGAUAGCUACAAGGCAGUGACAGAGUCACUUGCCAACAAAGGCGCGGAUGAGAACCGCGAAUUUGUGUACAAGAUGUUGCUAACGUUAGCCUCACCUUCAGACGACUCUGCUCCUCCUGAGCACAAGCACAGGAAAAGUUUCUCCAAGAACUACAGAGGUACGUGUUAG